GGAGAGAAGCCGUAUUCAUGUUUAGAAUGUGGUAAAUGUUUUACAUGUAAAUCAUAUCUUGUUAAACAUGGGAGAACUCACACAGGAGAAAAGCCGUAUUCGUGUUCAGAAUGUGGAAAAUGUUUUACAGGUAAAUCAAGUUUUGUUAAACAUGGCAGAAUUCACACAGGAGAAAAGCCAUAUUCGUGUUCAGAAUGUGGGAAAUGUUUUACACAAAAAUCUGUUCUUGUUAGACAUGAGAGACGUCACACAGGAGAGAAGCCGUAUUCAUGUUCAGAAUGUGGGAAAUGUUUUACAGAUAAAUCAACUCUUACUAUACAUGAGAGAAGUCACACAGGAGAGAAGCCAUAUUCAUGCUCAGAAUGUGGGAAAUGUUUUACAGAGAAAUCAACUCUUCUUAUACAUGAAAGAAUUCACACAGGAGAGAAGCCAUAUUCAUGUUCAGAAUGUGGGAAAUGUUUUACACAUAAAUCAGUUCUUGUUAAACACGAGAGACGUCACACAGGAAAGAAACCAUAUUCAUGUUCACAGUGUGGGAAGUGCUUUUCAGAUGAAUCAAAUCUUUUUAUACAUGAGAGAUGUCACACAGGAGAGAAACCAUUUUGACAUAUUUUAUGGACCUCUCCAGUCAUUAUGAAAAAUACAGACAUUCCUCUGACCUGUUCAAGAAAGAUGGUUUUAUUAAUAGUUACGCAGCUGCUGUGCUGUUUAUGCCACCAUUAGUGUUGAGUGAAUCGAAGCAUGCAAGACAGAAUUCGAUCCGAAAAUUAGGAAAAAAUUGAUUAGCCGUGAAGCCAAAUUUCCUUGUGCUUCAUGGAAACAAAUCAAUUUUUCCUAUAAUGGUGGUUGAAAAUAAAAAAAUUAUACUCGCCUCAUCCACUUGAUACCGAGAGGCCGCCCGCUCCGUCUUGAUUGAAUAACACCUGCCAAAGUACCUGCAGUGAGCGUGAAGACGUCACCACAUUAUCAUGCUGGCCACGACUUGUAACGUCAUUAGUGAUAACAACACUGCACGCGGCCAGCAUGAUCACGUUGUCAUCACGCUCACAACAGGUCCUUUGGCGGGUUUUCUUGAAUCAAGAAGGGAGCGGAUGGCCUCUCCGUGAGCAAGUGGAUGAGGUGAAUAUAAUAUUUUUUUAUCCCUGGAUUAACCCCCUAAGCACCUGAAUGUGAGUCUCAGAUGCUGCGAUCAGAGUUGAGCAGCAUCUGAGGGGGUAAAUAACGGUGGGGGGGGACAGGUUGUGCUUCAAGACAGAAAUUGUGAGUUUGUUUUCAAUUCAUCAUUUGGUGCCUACAGCAAUCCGUGAUCUUCGACUCACUAAUGUAAUGGCUACCUGAUGAAUCUACCACAUCGUCUUGAGAUUGGAUUGAUUCACAGACAAUACAAUUCUGUUUCCUUCCCCCCUCCCUUUCCCCAUUCCCAGAGACGCGCGUUGAAAUAUGAGUUUACUGUCUGUGCAGUUUAAUCCAGAUUCUUUCUACCAAUUUAAUUUCUGUAAAUUACAAUAUUUCAUUUGCUGAUUACGCCCAAGUUCUUCUCAGUGAUGGCUCUGUAUCCUAGAUUUCUGUGUUUGUAAAAUUGUUGGAAAAUAAAUCUA